UGAGCCCAUCCUCUGGGCCGAGCACAGAGAACACUGCAGGCCUAUGCACCAACACAAGUCCUAUUCUCUUAUCGGUCUUAUUAUUCCAAAGUUCACCAGUAAGUGUUUGAGGCGUUCCCUGAGAACAGUUAGUCUGUCAACCUAGCCUUCCUACACCCAGAUCACCACUGAGUAGAACCUCUCAGACCAGAGGCUUGGUUUGAGUAGAGAGACUAACAGGAGCAGCAGGACCAUAGGCUUUGAGCAGCUCCCUGUCUUGCAGAAGUUUUGGAGGAGGUAGACACUCUGCCAGUGAACAGUGAGGGUCCACUAGAGGGGCAAUGUUCUAGAGGCUCACCUCCCUCUCCGCUAGCACCUGGAGGUCGGGCUUUGACUCUGUACAAUGAACAACGAUGACGAGUUCUACGACGCCGUCACAGGCUUGGACUCUGAUGAGUCAUAUGAAGGCACAUCAGAAGCCAGUUUUAAAGAUGCGGUUGUGUAUGAUGGCACCCAGGGUAAUAAUGGCUCUGUGCCCCAGGAGAAUGGAAUCAGGAAGCACAGGACAACCCUACCCGCCCCAAUGUUCUCCAGAAACAACUUCAGUGUGUGGGGCAUUCUGAAGAAAUGCAUUGGACUGGAGUUGUCCAAGAUUACCAUGCCCAUCGUAUUCAACGAGCCCCUGAGCUUCCUUCAGAGGAUCACGGAGUACAUGGAGCACACUUACCUCAUUAACAAAGCCUGCUCGCUUUCCAACUCCAUAGAGCGCAUGCAGGCGGUAGCUGCUUUUGCCGUGUCUGCCGUGGCUUCACAGUGGGACAGAACUGGGAAGCCUUUCAACCCUCUACUGGGAGAGACUUAUGAGUUGAUACGAGAGGACCAGGGCUUCAGGCUGAUCUCGGAGCAGGUCAGCCACCACCCCCCCAUCAGUGCCUUCCACGCUGAGAGCCUGACCGGGGACUUUGUCUUCCACGGCUCCAUCUACCCCAAACUAAAGUUCUGGGGCAAGAGUGUGGAGGCGGAGCCCAAGGGAACCAUCACACUGGAGCUCCUCAAGCAUGGUGAGGUCUAUACAUGGACCAACCCUUUCUGCUGUGUACACAAUGUUAUCCUGGGCAAACUGUGGAUUGAACAGUACGGUACUGUGGAGAUCCUCAACCACAGUACAGGUGAUAAGUGUGUGCUGAACUUUAAGCCAUGUGGCAUGUUCGGGAAGGAGCUACACAAAGUGGAGGGCUACAUUCAAGAUAAGAGUAAAAAGAAACGCUGCGUGAUCUAUGGGAAGUGGACUGAGUGCAUGUGGAGCGUGGACCCCCAGGCGUACGAGUCCAACAGGAAGGCUGAGAAGAAGGGAGAGCUGAAGAAAUUGAAGAGUCAGGACGAUUCUGAAAGGGCAGACAACGAUGAUGCAGAUGACAUGCCUGAGGUGCAGGAGACUGUAGCAGUGAUCCCUGGCAGCACCCUCCUGUGGAGGAUAUCAUCACGACCCCAACACUCUGCUACGAUGUAUAACUUCACUAACUUUGCCAUGUCGCUGAAUGAGCUGGAGCCUGGCAUGCUGGCCACCCUGGCCCCUACAGACUGCCGCCUACGGCCCGACAUCAGAGCAAUGGAGAAUGGAGACAUGGAUGAAGCCAGUCGUGAGAAGGAGAGACUGGAAGAAAAGCAGAGGUCGGCACGGAAACAUCGUUCCAAGGAGGAAGAGGAAUGGUCCACUAGAUGGUUCCAGUCAGGCACGAACCCCUUCACCUCAUCCCAGGACUGGCUCUAUACAGGGGGCUACUUUGAUAGAAAUUACUCUGACCUGCCUGAUAUAUACUGAUUCAGGUGGCCUCCAUGGAACACCUGCUGAACGCCAUCACUCCCAGCAUCUUAAUCCCCCUGCCAGUUACCUGGCACUCCCCUGUUUUAAGCAGCACAUGGUCUCCCACUGGAACUCUGAAGUGGCUGCAGCCUGUCCUUGUGUUGUAUAGCACUUGUUAAGCCACAAUCCCCUUCCCAUGUGCUUACAAUGGUGAAAGGAUACAGUCAUCAGGGAUUUGAAUGCUCCUUUGACUAAUGAUUGGUUUGGAGGUUCUUUGGGACUUGUUGGAAGCGACACAGGUGAAAGCAGAUGUGAACAGACACUAAGCCUGGAGGAGAGGGUUUUGUUUCUUGAACAGGAGUGCCUUGUUGGUACCCCUAGCCCUAUCAGACCUGUGUUGAAUUCAUAUUUCAAAUAUUUGACAUUUUUAUUAAACUUUUCUGGCUUUAGCUUUCGGCACUACUGUGUUGGUUCCAUCGUGCUUAACAAGCUGAACAAUGUAUUCAACCCAGGUCUGUAUGUCACCUAUAUAUACAUCCAUAGGUCAAGCUGUUCAUCACUGCAUUUGUCAUGUAAUGUAACUUGUAGGUAAGAGUAAGGAUCAUGUGACCAUAUGGGCCAAUCACAUACAUGCAUCUAUCCACCAUUGCCCAGGGCUCAGCCUGUGAAUACAGCCAGUCCACUUGUAAUUCCCCCAGCACAAACUAUCCCUCUGUUACUCUACUUGCAUGACUUUUAGCUUGCAAUGAUAGCGUCCCCUAGCUCUGUGGCCAUGGCCUACAUUAUGUUCAGCUGCUCUCAUUUACCUAGAUAGAGUAUUCAAAUAAUUGUAAGAAAGUAGUAAUGACCAUUAAUAAGAUUAUGAGAAGAGUGAAAUGUCUUUCUGUGUGUGCAUGUAUGUGGUUGUCCAAGUGCGUGUAUGAAUGACUAGUGAUUUGUACAGAAUCUAAAGCCAUAUGGUUAAUUUCAACUAUGACUUGCAAGGGUAAUUUGCUGUGGACUUUUUGGCUAUGAUGAAAUGAAUGGAUAAUUGUAACUUCAAUGACUAAAUGAUAGUGAUCGCUAGAGCAUAGGGUUUAUCAUGUAAGAUAUACAGUAUGUAUUUGUAAAUAACUAAAGUCAGUGAGUCAUUAUAACGGUCUCCUUCCAGCUCAAAGUGAAUUGAUGGAAUUAUAUCCAGUCAUUGUGAUUAUCUGCUUCCCUUGUUUUAGGAACUCUAUGCAGCUUUAUACUACACACUCUCACAGCACAUCUCUGUCCCAAUGAUCAGCCAUUAUGUGGAAGUUCUUAUUUAUGAAAUGUAAUAUUUUUUAAACAGAAAUACUUGCUCAUACAAUAUGAUUGGGGUAUAUAUUUAUUUUCUUGGGAAUAAAAUGCAGUUAAUUGUCCUGCAUUAAACAUUAUAUUACAUUGAACCCUUGUAGGUUAAGCCUGCAUGCAUAAAUCAAGGUGUAAACGAAUGUGCUUCUGCUCUAGGAGCCGUUUACCAUGCAAAUGUAUAGUAUUUGUCUAGUAAGACGUCAUGUCAGGUUGACCAUUGGGAAUGCUCUCCAAUCCAAUAUGAAUCUCUAGAUGUGAAACUUAGUGGGAUUCAGAUUGGAUACCCAGCCUCCACUUCAUUCCCUUAACCACAAUGAGCCUACUCUCUUGAACUACACCACACUGUGCAUUUUAAACAUCCAAAAUCUAUGCAACCAACAAAUAGAUCAGAUUGUCUCAAUACCGUUUCAUGUACACUAGUAAUACACAGAAAUUCACUUCAGUUCUGUCACCGGCAGACAAACGGACAUUUAGAUGACUGUAUUGGCAGCUUAUUUGACUGUAGAUGAGAGCAUCUCAAGUGAUUGUGUGUAUUUGGACUGCAGGUCUCCAUAUUUGUCUCUGAGGAAGGAAUCUAAAGAUAAACUUAUAGUUUAUAGCAAUUGGAUCUGUGUGCCCCUUAUACAUGUCCUACUUAUUUAUUUUCCAUUUAGUCUGUGACGUCACCAAAUCACUUCUAUAUCUUUCAGAAAUAUAUUUGUUUUUGUAGAAUUGCUGGUGGGCACCGGAAUGUGGCAAAUAGAAACAGUGAACCCAGAAAUCUUUGGCUCAUGUCUUAGCUUCAUUUCUUUUCUUUUCUGUGGAUGUACUCGUAAAACCCUUUUCCUAAUUAUUUUUUUAAACCUGCAUUUAAUACUUAUGAUUUAGGGUUAUCAGGCAGGUCAGAGUGUGACACGUUCUUCUAACCCAUUUUCUCAACACAGUGCUUUAUUGUUGUCAAUAACAUGAAAGUGCAGCCGUGUGGGUUUCCACGGUGUGUACAGUUCCACACUACUUGUAUUCAUGCACUUCAUCAGCGUUACAUUGAAUGCUAAUUUGUUAACAUUGUUUAGCAACUAAAGACUAAUGUAUCAACAUUAAAAUAAGUAGAUUUUA